AGUAUUGUGAAAAUGAACGCUCUGCUGAUUGUUUUGGCGUUGCAAAGUUUGUGUGAAGUUGGAUUCUCCUGGCAGUAUCCAAGAGAUGCUGACCAAACUCUGUGGGCUUUUAGGACCUGUCAAAGGGAAGUAUCUGAUCAAGCUUUACUCCCAAAGAUCUAUAAAUGGGAGUUGCCAGACAACGCAGACACUCAUUGCUAUGUAAAGUGUGUGUGGAUGAAUCUUGGAUCGUACGAUUUUAAUUCGAAAUCUAUAAAUGUUGAUACUAUUGCCACACAAUAUGAAACGCGCGGAUUGACGGUUCCUGCUGAUCUCGAGAAUUUGAAAGGUGCUACAGAUGGAUCGUGUGAGGCUGUAUAUAAGAAGACCAUUGACUUCUUCUUGAAGGAGAAAGAUAAUUUGCAACAUGCGUACUAUGGAACUAUUCCAGAGUCUAACAAAUGGUUUGCGCAGCAUCCUGAUGUUAAGCCAAAGAGAACAAGAAUUUCGGAAUUCUGCACGGGCAAAGAAGGCGGAAAGGAAGGCAGUUGCAAGCAUGCUUGCAGCAUGUAUUACUAUCGCCUGGUUGACGAGGACAACCUGGUUAUUCCCUUUAGGAAGCUCAAAAUGAACGGAACUCCUGAAGAAGCAUUUGACGGUUGCAGGAAGGAUGCUAGCAAGGAGACUGGAUGCAAAGUCGGCGAUGUAUUGUACGAUUGCAUUAAUGCUCUUAAUUCGGAUGGUUUCCAAGCCGUUCUGAAGAGAUGGGAUGAUGAAACUGAUAGGACUUAUUAAAAAUCAACACAAUUGCAAAAUAGGAGCAAAAAUAUAUGCAUUCACGAUAAAGUAUAGUUUUUC